AGAUCGGCGCAAACACACUCUCACAGACCCAUUUAAAGUCACCGCUCCCGUUCAUUUACAUAGGAGCUGGAUCAUGGCCUGUUCACUGAUGAACAUGACGCCGUUUGUAAUAACUUUUAUUUAUGUGUCGCUGUUAUUUGCGGGCAUUUGUUGCGAUAACGACACAGAGGAGAAUGAGCACGCCAAACACACGUACACCGUGGAGAUGUUUAAUGAUGCCGUGUCCACUGCUCCACACUUCGUCAUGUUCUACGCGCCCUGGUGUGGUCACUGUCAGAGGCUCCAGGGCACAUGGAAUGAGCUGGCCGAGAAAUACAACAGUAUGGAGUCUCCUCCAGCGUAUGUUGUGAAAGUCGACUGCACCAAAGACACAAAGUUCUGCUCCAGUGAACACGGCAUCCGCGGAUACCCCACUCUGAAGCUGUAUAAGCCGGAGCAGGAGGCGGUGAAGUAUCAGGGCCCAAGAGACCUGCAGUCACUGGAGACCUGGAUGCUGAAAAUCCUGCAAGAGGAGCCUGAGGAGCCUCAGAGUGAGCCUGAGCCACCCAAAGUCCCUGAACCCAAACAGGGCCUGUAUGAACUCACAGCCACUAACUUCAAAUCACACAUCUCUAAAGGUUCUCAUUUUGUGAAGUUCUAUGCACCAUGGUGUGGUCACUGCAAAGCCAUGGCUUCUACAUGGGAGCAGCUCGCCACCAGCUUUGAACACUCAGACACCAUCAAGAUCAGCAAAGUGGAUUGUACGCAGCAUUAUGAGGUGUGUUCAGAUAAUCAGGUGCGCGGUUACCCUACACUACUGUUCUUCACUGAUGGAGAGAAGGUGGAUCAGUACAGAGGCAAGCGUGAUCUGGACUCAUUUAAAGAGUUUGUGGAUAAUAUUGUGAAAGCUUCAGUAUCUAAAGAUGAACCAGCAGAAGAGGAGGACAACGCUAAUGACAUCCCACCCAGUGUUGAGCCCGACAAACAAGAGUCCAGUGUUCUGGUGCUGACCGAGACCAACUUUGAUGAGACUGUAGCCAAAGGUUUCAGCUUCAUCAAGUUUUAUGCCCCCUGGUGCGGUCACUGUAAGAAUCUGGCCCCUACAUGGGAUGAUCUGUCCAAGAAAGAGUUUCCAGGUCUGACUGACGUGAAAAUCGCUAAAGUGGACUGCACUGUGGAGAGGACGCUCUGCAACAGAUUCUCUGUGCGUGGAUACCCAACACUCCUGAUGUUUCGGGUGGGGCAGCAGGGGGAGGAGCAUAAUGGUGGGCGGGACUUAGAGAGCCUGCACAGUUUUGUGAUGAAGCAGGCCAGAGAUGAGCAGGCCAAAGAUGAGCUGUAGCUCCACCCUCAUUCUCCAUCUCACCACAGACCUACACACAUCAGUCUCCAUAUAACAUACUGUCAAAUGGACUGCUAUUGUUUGUUUUUUUGUUUGUUUGUUUUUCAUUUGUCUCAUAUCUGCUCAGGUGAAGACAAUCCAUUCUUCUUAUCACAUAAUGAAAAACAAAUGUACAUGAUGAUUUCAGCGCAACUUGUCAGAUCAUGAACCAGUUGAUAAUCAAUAGUAACUGACAACCACAUUACUAGUAUUUGUACUUUAGAUUAAUCCUUCCUCCUUUUGAAGAAAAAAUUAAGUUUGGUUUAAAGAAAAUGUCACAAAAUUUCAGAUUAUUAAAUCGGUGAUGGUGCAGAUUUUGUACAUGUAAAUUAUAUGAGGAAUUUCAGCUUACUUUGUUCUUAAUAUCUUACUAAGUAAGAAAAAGUGACCUCAGGGAGACCAUGUACUAUUUAAAGAGAACAACAUGAACCUGCAGUCUUUUUUUUUUUUUUCAUUAUAAUGUAAAAUACUGUACAAUUCACAAUUUCAAACCAUACUUUUUAUCUAUAUGUGCUCUAUUCGUUUAAACUUCGAACGUAUUUGUUGUAAAGACGGUUUUGAAUUUGUUGUACCUUUCAUUAGCUUGGUUCAAAUGGGGAAAAAUGGCAUAAACCAGACUAAAAUGGUUUGGUCUCCCAACCUGGCUAUGCUGGGUUUCAUCUGGUUUAGGUGGUCUCAGCCUGACCAACUGACAAAAGCCCAAAACUCCUCUAAAACCAUCAAACCAGCUUGGUGGCCAGCUGAGACCACCAAACCACUUCAGUCUGGUUUAAGCUGUUUUUUUUUUUUUUUUUUUUUUCAGCAGGUAGGCCAUUUGCUUAACAUUUCAGAGAGGUUUACUCUUCCUCAAAAGCCUUUAGUUCUUUUUAAGGUAUAUGAAUGGGAUAGCAACAGCAUUUUAAAUUAAGUUUUUCACCCCCCAGCAAUGUGGAAAAUAUCAUAUUUACAGUACAGAAAUAUGGUUUACUUAACAUUUUUGCAGUUAUAGAGAGCUUGUGAAAGAAAGUUAUGGUACCGUAGAAUCCGUUUCUUAAAAUGGUUUAUUCUGCUGAUGUGGCUUUAUUUUGCCUGUGAUACAUUUAGCAUAUACAUUUUAUUUUUAUUAGAAUUGCUUUAAAUGAUUCCACAAUCUCAUUAUUUUCUAAUUUUUGUCUUUAUGCUGUGUUCACAGCUUUCACAUGCAGUUAGUGAUUUUAAUACUACUUCUGACCCGACUAAAACAUUUUCUGAUGGUGAAAUUCAGGCACCUGGUAAUCCUAGCUAAAGAAACACAGAUAGUGCUUGCAUAUAGUUUCAUUGAUUUGAACAAAUGUAAUUUGCAUUUUUCCUUUCAAAUGUUCCCACACUGAGAUGUUUAUUUUUCUCUUUUACUGGAUCUGAAAGUGAAGGAAGGGAAAAGCAAUCAGACAAACCACACAUAUUCACUGAACUCUUUACUUAGCCGACCCCAGUGAAAAAAGAAAAAAAGAAAAUGUAUUUCUGUCUCUGUGAGAGGGGUACACACACUGCCCGGUGGGGUUUGUACAAAAAAAAAAGGCACAUUGUAACAAAUUUCAUAAUAAAAUUACUUUUUUUCCAAAAAUA